CAUAUACGCUAAGCCUUCCAGUUGCCUGCCAUGUCUACCUGCUCACUAGGAAGAGACUACAGAGGACAACUGGACUUGCAUCUAAUCCUCAGCCAUGAAUGCAACAGAGGGUUCCAAUUUCUACAUCCCCAUGUCCAACGCAACCGGUGUAGUGCGGAGCCCUCAUGAGUACCCGCAGUACUACCUGGCCGAGCCAUGGGUGUUCUCCUUGAUCACCAUUUAUAUGUUCUUCCUUAUUCUAAUCGGCAUUCCUGUCAACCUCUUCACGCUCUGCGUCACAGUGCAGCACAAGAAUCUGCGCACGCCGAUCUACUACAUCCUGGUAAACAUGGCAAUGGCCGACCUCCUUGUAAUCGUGGUCAGCUUUCCGUUUGCGAUGCACGCAGCUAUGCAUGGCUAUUUCGUCCACGGAAUGGUGGGAUGCAACUUCGAAGGCUUCUUCACGGUCCACGCUACACAGAUUUCAGUGUGGUCCUUGGUAGUCCUGGCCGUGGAGAGGGCCAUGGUGUCCUCGCAACCCAGCAUGGACAUUCGGUUCCGCCGGAGGUUCGUCAUUAAGGGCAUCGCCUUUAGUUGGCUGAUGGCUUUCAGCUGUUCGUUGCCUCCUCUCUUCGAGUGGUCACGGUACAUUCCUGAGGGUUUGCAGUGCUCGUGUGGAGUCGAUUUCUACACCUUGAAGCCUGAUAUCUUUAAUGAGUCUUACAUCAACUACAUGUUCGCCGUGCACCUCGUCGUCCCGCUCACCAUCAUCAUCUUGUGCUUCAGCCGACUGCUGUGUGUUUUUAACAACGAGGAGCUCGAUAAAAUCGAGCGAGAUGCUAACUGCGUGGCAGUUACAUUGACUUUGGGUUUCUUUAUGUACUGGUUGCCAUAUGCUAGCAUCGGCUGGCAUAUCUUCACAAACCAAGGCAGUGCCUUCAGUCCCUUCGCCAUGACCUUGACCUCGUUCUUUGCCAAGAGCUCUGUGUUGUUCAGUCCCCUCAUUUGCGUUUGCCUGGACAAGCAGCUCCGCCGGGGCAUGAUCAUCACGCUAUGCCUAGGAAAGAACCCUUUUCCAGAUGAUAUGGGAGCCUCGAAGACCGAGGCCUCGUCUGGAUCAUCCAGCUCAGUGGCUCCUGCAUGAGCUAGCUGUCACACCCCCUGAGCAUUUCCAAAGCAAGAUUACCAAGAUUUUACAGAUCUGUGGAUACAAAGGCAGCUCUUUUGAAGUCCGGCUUACUUCCACACUGAUACAGCUGCCUAAAACUCCACUUUCAGACUUUUAUGUUCUUUUGUGUUUGUGAUGCCUGGAUUUUGAAGGACAGACACGGAAAAACGAUUUUGUUCAGUGCUUUGAAUGCAUCUUGCUGCUUUUAAUGUUACAGAAGGUCGAACUGAUGUUUUCGGCGAAAUGAUGAUUAGCACAUAAAAGCCGCUCGGCUAUGAUCUCGCAGUUAUACAACUAAAUAACGUAGAAAUGUCGAUUAAAGUAGUAGUGUGGUGUUGAUGUUUUAUGACGUUUUAAAAAAGUCAGUUUAGGCUAAUAUUGGCUUAACCUCUUAAAUCCAUAAUCUGUUCCCAAGGUCAUUUUGCAUAAAGAGAUGAUGCUAAUCAGAUUACUCUGAUUAAAGGAAUGAAAAUGAAAUUAGAAGCUCUGCGAGACUUAGACACUAGGGUUAAAACUUUUGGGUUCUAUUUUAAUUUACUUGAUGUGACUAAAUAUACUAAAUAUAAACUUAAUAUGUACUUAUAUAUAUAUAUAU